AUGGUAUUAGAUCUGGCAGAUCUCUUGGCUGAGGUGCUCCCCACCGGGGUUGAGAUCACUGUUCGCCAUGUCUCCUCAACACCAACCCCAUGCGAAGCUCUCUUUGCAGCUGCCCCGGGUCAGCCGUCCGAGCCAACAUUUUGCGAAAACCACUUCCUCUCAGUGUCAAUUGACUCCAAAAAUGAAGGAGAGAUUAUCGUUUUUGGUAUAGAGGUGAUGGUAUAUAACACGGCCCACUUGACCGUCAUUUUUGUUUCAAAGGCCGAUUCCACGGGCCUCCUGCAUCAGCUCAAACUGCCACCCAAGGUCUCGAUUUUGAGACUGGUUUCAAAAACUUUCCUCUCGUAUCUAGCACAAACGCGACAGCGGCCCGGCGUGCGUCUAGUUGUGUCCUUGUUUGCCCGCGCCCAGAACCAGUACUUGUUCCCGGGCAGUAUUGAAAAUCCCGAAAAACACGUCCUGGAUGACCGAGGCUUGAUCAAAUGGUGGUGUCGCGCUGUAGAUCCCAUCUUGCGCAAGCAUGAGCCUGAGUCUGCUAUUCAGGAAACAACGUCAAUGGACCAAGCUGUCGAGGCGGCCACGGCUUCUGCUACCGCGUACUUGAUAGUUCCAAGCUGUGAUCGCUUUGAGACGCGUAACUUUUUUCCACCUACGGCUAAGUCCGACGCCUCGGAUCGACCGCGGUGGCUCAAUAGUUAUCCGUUGAAACAGCUGUACCACGAUCCCUCGGCUCCUCCUCGAUGUUUGGUUCCCCGUUUCCCGGACGAUCCCAAGACACGCUUCCUUGUUGAUCUUGAUGGCGAGCUUCCUGAGCAAGAGGAGGGUCAACCUGCUCCUCCUAAUGACGGGAGAUGGCGAAGUGUCCGAUCCCUGGAUCAGUUCUGGGAGAUGAUGUCUUUCCGCCAGGAAUGCUCUGCCGGUCGUCUGGUUGGCUUCUUGUGGCUUGUUAUCAAUCCUCCUGGUCUGAUGAAUUCGACCUCAAUGGAAAGCCGUACCCGUGCCGCUGAGCCAGGUCAGACCCAGAAUGGACCAGAGGUGUCUGCAGUGACUAUGGAAAACAAAUCGCAGGUCGAACCCAGCGAACCCGAAAACACGGAAACAUCGGCAUCGACAGUAGAUGUGCAACCUACUGCGACCUCUAUUGAGCUUCCUCGAGACGAUACAUCAAACGAUCUCAACCCCUUCGACUGGCCAGAAGCCGGGCGUGGACAUGUCGUCCUCCACGAGGCAGACUACAAGAAGAUGAUGGACUCCGUUCUAGAUCAUUUCUAUGACGAGAAAGAAGUUGUCGCUAGUACAAGAAUAUAUGUCGACCAGGUUGCUUCGCUUGCAGAUGAGCUUACCUGGGGAAAAAGGUUCACCAACACCAACAAUGUGCUCGACCUUGGAUUGAUCCGCAAGCGCAAGAAGUCUGAGGGUGAAGGAAACACAUCUGCUGUGGGUAGCCAAAAGCCCAUUGGAUCAAGCGACACGUUCCAGCUCCCUCGCAACCAACUCCAGUGA